AUGGCCAGCGCGUUCAUGCAGUGGGCUCGCAGCCCAGCAGCACGAGAAUACUUCCUCAGUACACACUUUUGGGGACCAGUCGCAAACUGGGGUCUGCCGCUCGCUGCGCUUUCGGACUUGGUCAACAAGGACGAAGAGUUUAUUUCCGGGACGAUGACGACGGCACUGGCUUGUUACUCGAUGGUCUUUAUGCGUUUCGCGUGGAGAGUUAAACCGCGAAACUAUCUCCUAUUUGCGUGUCACGCGACGAAUGCCACUGCCCAAACGCUCAACGAUGCUCGCUUUGUGCGAUACUGGUACAUGGGAGGGCGAGACGAAAAGCUCAAAAACGCUCCAAAAGAUAAGCUUGUCGAAGCUGGAGCAAAAGUUGAAGAGGCUGGAGCGGAAGUCAAGGGCAAAAUUGUCGAGGCGGUCGAAGCUGCACGCAAAUCGUCAUCAAAAUAG